AUCGUCUGGACGACGGUCGACGGUGUGGUCUGGAAAAGGGUCGGCCGGGGAAAGCCGAGUUCGAUCCGUCGGGUCGGGCGUCCGUCCAGCGCCCGUUUGUUUACAUUUCGGUGUGGUAUUUUGUUUUUUCGGAAGGAUUUCUCAAAUUAGUCGAUCAUUACGCUUCGUCAAGUGCGGACCAGCGGGGGUUUAGUCGUCGUCGUGGUCGUUGCUUCGCUGCGCAACUUUCGAUUCUAGCCGGGGCGCGAAUACGCGUUCGAGUACGCGGGACACUCUCGCCCGAUGCUCAACCAGUGCUGAUCAAGUGUUCGAACCGGAUCGAUGGUGUAGAAUUGUGCUUACAAUGUGCUCUGGUUCUGGAGCGUGAUCAAGAAAUUGUGUCAGCAAUCUUGUGAUCAAAUAAUAGGUGAAGAGAGAGCAACUGAAGGCUAACUGAAGUGUGUAACUGUGUCCUAAAGUCAAAUUUUUGUGAGCUUAUUAAGAGUGAUCAUAUCGUGUGUUUGUGUGUGUAUGUGAAAAAAAUUGUAUGUGAAAAACCGAGUUCCUUAAGCAUGAUAAAAACAGAAGAACACAUGGAAACGUCUUCUGCUAUGGUGGAUGUUAGUGACGAUCAGGGGAUUAUUGUUGGAGGAGGUGGCGGUGGUAGUAAUCCUUCCGUCGGUUAUCACUAUCGGCCACUGUCGUCCAACAUCGUAAUGGCUUCGGCGCACAUCAUAGAGAAUCCUGCCCUGCAGCAGCAGCAGCAGCAGCAUCAGCAGCAGCAGCAACAAGACGACGGAAGGAACUGUGGUCCUCCUAUGACGAUGACGCAUCCCUACCAUCAUCAUGCUUCGUUUCAUCCGCAUGGCCAGCCGGUGUCGCAUCAUUCACAGUCGCAUGGCCACUUCCAGCCUCCCCAUCCUCACCAUCCUCAUCACCACCUUCAGCAGCAGCAUUCGCAAGGAAUCGAUGUGAAGGAUGAGAUGGACGAUCGGAACUCAUCGCCGCCGGGAAUCGGAGCCGGGAUCGCUUACCCGUCCAACAUAGAGCUCAAGCUGGAAGGUGACAAGAUAUCGUCGAUGUAUCACCAUCAUCACCAUCCGCAUCACGCGUUUGAUAAGCUACCGUCCUACUACAUCAACCACCGUUCGCCGUAUCUGAUCUCCCAGAUUAAUGAUCCCGAACCGUCGGCCGGUGAUGGUGGCGGGCUUGGGGCGGAAUGUCUGCGCGGUGCUCCCGGUGGUUACCUGCUGGAAAGCUCGAUCAAUACGCUCAAACUUUCCGGCGAAUCGAUGGGAGGAACUUCCCCUUCGGUAAUGAUGAGCUACGGAGGGGAGCUUGCGAUCGGACCGCUUAUCGGCCAGCAACGAUCGCGCAGCAAUGGAAGUAGUGCCAGCGCGGGAAACGUAUCUCCAAGCUCGUCUACGAUCGUGUCCAACCCGUUCGUUGUGCAGCAUCAGCAUCAGGAUCAACAGCACCAUUAUCAUCUUCAUUCGCAUCACCAGCAGCUUCACGAUUCCGGCGGUCUGGCGGAUUCGGUUGGCAGUGUCUGCCAACGUGGUGAGACUUCCGUCGGGAUGGGUGUUGGCCAGCAGCAUUCAGUCCAGGCAACGAGCAGUACCAGUGGGGGACACAUAACGAUCACUGAUGGGUCACUGCACCUGUCGAAAUCUACGUCCGUAUCGCCGGUCUCUCAGCUUGGCUCACCGUGCUCCACAUCGACGACUCCGCCGGUUUCGGUAGCGAGUUCUACCGUAGGUACCACCGGUCGUAAGAAUGCAUCCUCCAACAAUGGGGCAAGCAGUAGCGGUGGUGGUGGUGGUGGUGGCGAGCAACAGCUCAGCAGUACGACCGGAAACGGAACCUCGGCCAGUGGAAGUGGUAGUGGCGGUGAGGGCCAGAAGAAACCAAACGGGGGCCGUCGGCAGGAGAAACCUCAGCUCAGCUACAUCAACAUGAUCGUGAUGGCGAUCAAGGACUCGCCCCAUCGGCGCCGUACGUUGAGUGAAAUCUACAAGUAUCUACAAUCGAAGUACGAGUUCUUCAACGGUGAGUACAACGGCUGGAAGAACUCGGUCCGGCACAAUCUCAGUCUGAACGAGUGCUUCAAGAAGCUGCCCAAAGAGUGCGGUAAACCGGGCAAAGGCCACUACUGGACGAUCGACGCUUCGGCUGAGUACAUGUUCGAGGAUGAAGGUAGCUUAAGGCGCCGUCCGCGUGGUUUUCGGCGGAAGCAACAGCUGAAGGGGUAUGGUGGUGGGAGUGCCUUCUAUCCGGCGGGAAACACCGGAUACGAGCUGACUGAGCUGUCUGGUGGCUAUCUUUCGCAACCGUACGGUGGGUACGCGGACUAUGGCACCAUACCACCACCGUCGGCUGUUCUAGGGCAAGGUUCGUCGGCAAGCGGUGGUGGUGGAGGUGGCGGCGGAGGACACCAAUCCGGUGGAUAUCCAGAGCCGCAUUCAUCGUCUACCGGCGCAUCGUCCUGGCACUAUCCGGCCGUCGAUGGGUUAAGCCAAUAUUCGAAGAUCACGCACACGUCGCUGCACGAACCGCUGCAGGCUCCAGGAUCGCCGGGACAGCAGGCGACGGGAGCGGGUGUGCUGGAGUAUGGCAACUACGCUUUCACCAAUGCGGCAACUUCUCCGUAUGGACUCGAUACUGGAUUGAAAAUAGCGUCUCUCACGCAAAUGGCACCACCACCGGUGUCAGUUUCGACCUCGUCCACAUCCGCCGGAUCGUCUACAGCAGGCACGGCGCCAACCCAUAACACCGGAGGUUCGCCAACGCUCGGCUCCAUGAUCCUUUCCAGCGCCAGCACAGUCCCCGGAAGCAAUGAAGCUCAGUCAAGCGUAGUUAUCGUAGGGGGAGGAGGCGCAGGAGGAGGAGGAGGAGGAGGCGCAGGAGUGUCGGAAAGCGAGUCCACACCGAUGGAUUGUAAAAGUGACGUUUAUGGUGGUGUCGCCGUUGGACAUUCGAUGCUUGCAAAUGGAUCCCCUUCCGGUGGUGCGGCAUCAUCCACCGGACAGCUGCAUCAACACAACCUAAACGGUGCUGCUGGUCAUCAUCAUCAUCAUGCUCACCUGCAAACGCAUCAUCAUCCUGGCCAUCAUACGCAUCACACGCAUACACCGCACCAUCUGCAUCACCAUCACCAUAGCAACCAUCUUAAUUUGGCUGCUCCGUACUGAACUCCGUGCUGCACCGUGACGAUUGCCAUGGUAACGGGCCAGGUGUGCCGAGGCGGCCAUUUUGAAUUCUGUCCAGCAGGUGAAGGAGAAUGCGAAGAAGGAAAUGCGAGAACAGCGAAUGAGUGAGAAAUAAUGGAAGACAAUACAAAUCGGGGAGUGGGAAAGAUGCGGUGUAUAAAAAAAUGGCUACGCACUCUGAAGAGGUUUCACGGUUGAAUUAUUUAAGAAAAUACAAAUAGACAUUUAGAGAAAAAGUA